AGGGGUCGAAUUUAGCAUCAUGUGCUGGAGAGAAAUAUGCGACGACGCGCACCAACACACAGAGCUCUGAUUGAUCCGCCAGCAAUUUUACACAAAAAUCUAACCAGUCUUCAUGCUUAUACUCUUCAGCAAGCCUUUUACUUUCACUGUCCACCUGGAUCUGUUUCUAUCUAUGGAUAAACACAAUGGUGUUUUUUGAAGGGGUUGUGUGUGUGAGUAUGAAUCAUAUUUCUAAGAAGUAGAACACGCAUACUUCCCGUGUAGUCUUUGUGCGCUCGGCCUACAGUACCGCUGCAUUUACCGUCAACCUUCUGCUUUACCGGGAAAGAAAACCUCCUGGGGCGUAGGAUGCGUGUUGACUGCAUCAUCAGCUUUGCUCCUGCGUGUCUGGCUGCUGAUCGUCUGCAGUAGCACAAUGACCAACAUCCACCCGACUCAUACGAAACACCCACUAAAGUCUUUCCAAUGAUAUGAUAGUAGCCACCUGGAUUGCAUUCUGUGCCAGCAGGAGCCUCGCACGGGUUCUACGAUUGACCGUAGAACAGCUGCAUUCAGUGAGGUUUUGGCCCCGUGGAGCCAUGGGGAACAGCUGCGUGUGCAGAGAGGACAGUGAUGUGGAGGAGGGAUCGGCCCCUCGCAGGCAGCUCAGGCGAGUGGAUAACUCUGUAUCUGAUCCCCCAGAGGCCAGAGGCAGCCGGCCAAGAGACCCGGUCCGACCGCCCAGACGGGGCCGAGGACCUCAUGAGCCACGUCGGAAAAAACAAAAUGUAGAUGGAUUGGUGCUGGACACGCUGGCUGUUAUCAGGACUCUUGUUGACAAUGACCAAGAGCCACCGUACUCCAUGAUCACGCUACAUGAGAUGGCCGAGACGGAUGAUGGCUGGUUAGAAGUGGUGCAGUCUUUAAUAAGGGUUAUUCCUCUAGAUGACCCACUGGGUCCAGCCGUAAUAACCCUGCUUUUGGAUGAAUGCCCUUUGCCCACCAAAGAUGCUCUACAGAAGUUGUCAGACAUGUUAAGUCUGAGUGCUGCUGUGGCCCGUCAGGACGCCCUCAUUCCUGCCAAACACCGCAACACCACAGCUGUGCUGGGCUGCCUGGCUGAGAAACUGGCUGGUCCAGCGAGCAUCGCGCUCCUCAGCCCUGGAACUCUGGAGUACUUGCUUGAGAGUUUGAGCUCUGAGGCCCACCCCACUGUCAUGUUGUUCGCGCUCAUCGCUUUAGAGAAAUUCUCUCAGACCAGUGAGAACAAGCUAACAGUAUCAGAAUCGUGUAUCAGUGAUCGUCUCUCCGUUCUGGAAUCCUGGGCCGAUCAUCCAGACUAUCUAAAGCGUCAGGUCGGCUUUUGUGCUCAGUGGAGCCUUGAUAACCUCUUCAUUAAAGAGGGCCGCCAGUUCACAUAUGAGAAGGUCAACUUGAACAAUAUUAACGCCAUGCUGAACAGUAAUGACGUCAGCGAGUAUCUCAAGAUCUCACCUACUGGACUGGAGGCACGGUGUGACGCAUCAUCGUUCGAGAGCGUUCGCUGCACGUUUUGUGUGGAUUCGGGUGUUUGGUACUAUGAAGUGACGGUCAUCACCUCUGGCGUUAUGCAAAUUGGCUGGGCAACCAAGGAUAGCAAGUUUCUUAACCAUGAAGGUUAUGGGAUUGGAGAUGAUGAAUACUCAUGUGCAUAUGAUGGCUGCAGGCAGCUGAUCUGGUACAACGCUCGCAGUAAACCUCACUCCCACCCCUGCUGGAAAGAAGGUGAUGCCAUAGGUUUCCUGCUGGACCUCAGUAAGAAGCAGAUGGUUUUCUUUCUAAACGGACACCAGCUGCCUCCUGAGAAGCAGGUGUUCUCUUCUGCCACAUCUGGCUUUUUUGCUGCCGCCAGUUUUAUGUCCUACCAACAGUGUGAGUUCAACUUUGGAGCCAAGCCCUUCCGCCACCCCCCCUCUAUCAAAUUUAACACCUUUAAUGAAUUUGCUUCACUCGCGUCGGAUGAAAAAAUCAUUCUGCCCAGACACAGGCGCCUGGCGUUGCUUAAACAGGUUAGCAUUAGAGAUAACUGCUGCACCCUCUGUUGUGACCAGAUGGCAGACACUGAACUGAGACCCUGCUCACACAGUGGGAUUUGUAUGGAGUGUGCCUUACAGCUGGAAACGUGCCCACUUUGUCGUCAGGACAUCCAGACCCGAGUCAGACUUAUUUCCCAUGUGUCCUGACAUCAGCUCCACCACCCCAGACGUGGACUUUCCCCCUCAAGCUUCCAUCAUAUCCAAUCUCCUCUGUCCACUCCUUUGGACACUGAAGCUUGGACCUUUCAUGCUUUGUGAGGAUGGAUGGAUCAGACCCUCCGUGAAGCUGGAGGAAAGAAAGAGAAAGCAAACCCUUUACUGUUGCACUCCAAGGAAGCCCCAAUCAGAGCAAUGAGGAUAUUGAGGAAAUUUAGAGGUUUAAAGGUUCUUUGAAAAUGUUUAAUUGCCAAUUUCAGGAGAUAUAAUAUGGAGCAAAUACAACCAUUAUGUGCAGAUCUGUAUAUGAGUCUUUCACUUCAAGCUCUGAUCAGGAAGUAAGUCAGUAUGUGUCCCUGUUCAGAUGCAUUAAAUAUAAUAUAUAUAUAUAUAUACUUGACUUCUCUCAUUUUUAUUCCAAGUUCAGGUUUCCACAGGAACUACAAGAGUUUCUAAUCUUGAUGUUUGCUCUCAAAAAUCAUGCCUGCCUCAGAAACCCAUAAUCCUCUCUUUCAGACUUGAUUGUACUUACCGGUAUAUUUGUUCUGGGUUGAUUGCCCCACACAUGAUUUUUUGUAAUAAGAAUAUUUUUAAUGAUGUAUGAUAUAAAGCCCAUUUAGAAACAAAUGCCAAGUUUUGGUGACUGAUAUUGUUCAAAAGCACGCACAUCAACCUAAAGUGGGUGCUCGACUAAAAACCAUACUAAAAAAUAAAUGUAAAGUCGGCACACAAAAGCUCCAAAAGAAUAAAAAAUGUAUAACAGAUUUUCAAAUAGCUUGUGAAAGUAUGUUAUUUAAUUUGAUACUUUUGGAUCUUUGGUGUGAUGGAUAUUAUUAGAAUUUCUAAUUUGUAUGAUACCAUAUUGAAGAUAUGUGACAACCUGUAAAUGAGAUUUGGGAAAGUGGUAAUACACAUAUCUGUCCUAAUGCUGCUCAGGCUAAAUGUGAAUGUUCUGCAGCAGUUACAGAGAGACUGAAAUCUCCAGACCUCCCAAAGAUAAGACAGUAUGAUUUGAAUUAAGAAUAUGCCAUUUUCUGAAUUGUGAUGUUUGUAAUAAAUGUUUGUUUUAUGUGUUGCA